GAAUAACGUCGGGUCGGGUCAGCGGGCGCUGCAGUAGUCGCCGCAGCGGCGAUGGGAGCGGUGGGGACCAGGCGGCGGCGGCGGCGGCAGGAGGAGGAGCAGGGGCUUGGCACAAGAGCAGCGGCUGGGGGCGGCCAGCAGCAGCAGUAACAGCAGCAGCCGCCGCCGCCAGUAAACGCGGACGGUACCCGAGGGGACUACCCAGCCGGCCGGCCCUCGAAGCCGCGCUCGGGUCCCGCCGCACUGGGCGGCGGGGGAUGGGCAGGCGGCGGUCGUCCCGCCUGCUGAGGGUUGACCUCUGCCGGUCCCCGCCCUGAGCUGGACCCGAGCCCUCCGCCCGAAAUCCCUGCGUCCUCCACGGCCCAGGUUAAAUGGAAACCACCCUUGGGAGCUGGAUGCCUGCGUAGCCAUUCUACCAUAUCAGUGAAUUGCAAUGAGUGGAGGAGGAGAGCAGCCAGAUAUCCUCAGUGUUGGAAUCCUGGUCAAAGAAAGAUGGAAAGUAUUGAGGAAGAUUGGGGGUGGGGGCUUUGGAGAAAUUUACGAUGCCUUGGACAUGCUUACCAGGGAAAAUGUUGCACUGAAGGUGGAAUCAGCUCAACAACCAAAACAAGUUCUGAAAAUGGAGGUUGCUGUAUUGAAAAAACUACAAGGGAAAGACCAUGUUUGUAGAUUUAUUGGCUGUGGGAGGAAUGAUCGAUUCAACUAUGUGGUCAUGCAGUUGCAGGGUCGGAAUCUGGCGGAUCUACGCCGUAGUCAGUCUCGGGGCACAUUCACCAUUAGCACUACUCUUCGGUUGGGUAGACAGAUUCUGGAGUCUAUUGAGAGCAUCCAUUCUGUGGGAUUCUUGCACCGAGACAUCAAACCGUCAAACUUUGCCAUGGGUCGCUUUCCUAGUACAUGUAGGAAAUGUUACAUGCUUGAUUUUGGCUUGGCUCGACAAUUUACCAAUUCCUGUGGUGACGUCAGACCACCUCGAGCUGUGGCAGGCUUUCGAGGGACAGUUCGUUACGCAUCAAUCAAUGCUCAUCGGAACAGGGAAAUGGGAAGACAUGAUGACCUUUGGUCCUUAUUCUACAUGUUGGUGGAAUUUGUGGUUGGUCAGCUGCCUUGGAGAAAAAUAAAGGACAAGGAACAAGUGGGCUCUAUUAAGGAGAGGUACGAACACAGGCUUAUGUUGAAACAUCUCCCUCCAGAAUUCAGCAUCUUUCUGGACCACAUCUCCUCUUUGGAUUAUUUUACAAAACCAGACUACCAGCUUCUUGCAUCCGUGUUUGACAACAGCAUCAAUACCUUUGGAGUAAUUGAGAGUGACCCUUUCGACUGGGAGAAGACUGGAACUGAUGGCUCCCUCACCACCACCACUACUUCUGCCACUCCUCAGCUGCACACCCGCUUGACCCCUGCGGCAAUUGGAAUUGCCAAUGCCACUCCCAUCCCAGGAGACUUGCUUCGAGAAAAUACAGAUGAGGUGUUUCCAGAUGAACAGCUUAGUGAUGGAGAGAAUGGCAUCCCUGUUGGUGUGUCACCAGAUAAAUUGCCUGGAUCUCUGGGACACCCUCGUCCCCAGGAGAAGGAUGUCUGGGAAGAGAUGGAUACCAAUAGGAAUAAGAUAAAGCUUGGGAUUUGUAAGGCUGCUACUGAAGAGGAGAACAGCCAUGGUCAAGCAAAUGGUAUUCUGAAUGCUCCAAGCCUUGGUUCACCAAUUCGUGUCCGCUCAGAGAUUACUCAGCCAGACAGAGAUGUUCCAUUGGUGCGAAAGUUACGUUCCAUCCACAGCUUUGAGCUGGAAAAACGUUUGGUGCUGGAGCCAAAGCCAGAUACUGACAAGUUUAUUGAGACCUGCUUGGAGAAAAUGCAGAAAGAUUCCAGUGAAGGAAAGGAAUCUGUUCUCCCUGCUCUGCUUCAUAAGCCUUGUGUUCCUGCUGUGUCCCGUACUGACCACAUCUGGCACUAUGAUGAAGAGUAUCUUCCAGAUGCUUCCAAGCCUGCCUCUGCCAACACCCCUGAGCAGGCAGAUGGUGGUGGCAGCAAUGGAUUUGUAGCCGUUAACCUGAGCUCCUGCAAGCAGGAGGUUGACUCCAAAGAAUGGGUGAUUGUGGAUAAGGAACAGGACCUUCGGGAUUUUAGGACAAAUGAGGCUUUAGGCCAUAAAACAACUGGAAGCCCUUCCGAUGAGGAGCCCGAAGUCCUUCAAGUCCUAGAGGAAUCGCCUCAAGAUGAAAAGCUCCGAUUGGGUCCUUGGGCAGAAAAUGAUCAUUUAAAGAAGGAAACCUCAGGUGUGAUCGUAGCAGUUUCUGGGAAGUGCCCUGCCACUGCUGCUUCAGAACAAUAUGCAGAUAGGCUGGAACUCCAGGCUGGAGCUGGUAGUCAAUUUAUUGCAGUGACACCCACAAGUCCAAUGGAGGCACAAGCAGAAGGACCCCUUACAGCAAUUACAAUUCCUAGACGUUCUGUGGCAUCUACACAGUCGACUUCAGGUAGCUUUCAUUAUGGUCAGCAGCCAGAAAAGAAAGACCUUCAUCCCGUGGAGCCCACUGUGGAGCUUUACUCUCCAAGGGAGAGCUUCUCUGGCUUGGUUGUGACAGAGCGCGAACCUCCUAGUGGAGGAAGCAGAACAGACUUCGGGCAUCAGAUAGAUCAUAUUGGUCAUGACAUGUUACCCAGCAUUAGAGAGUGUGACAGCUCCCAAGACCUGGGACCAAAAGACCUUCCUGACCAUAACAGACUGGCUGUGAGAGAAUUUGAGGGUCUCCCUAGGGAAACGGAAGAGAAAAGCAUGCUUGUGGGGUCAGUUAAUGAAGAUGAGAAGUUGAGUAAAGGGCAACCUUAUAUUGAGAUCUCCCCUCUCCCAGGAGACUUGGUGACGGUGGAAAGGGAUCACUCAGCUACUACUGAACCUCUUGAUGUGACAAAGACACAGACUUUUAGUGUGGUGCCAAAUCAAGACAAAAGUCACGAGAUAGUGAAGCUUUUGGCAGUUGGAACUUCAGCAGUAUCUUCACGAGUUAUUGACCAACAUGUUGAAGGACAGAUAGGCCAGGUGGCAGCAAUGCAAAAAGGUAAGAUAUCUAAGGAGGAUGACAUCAAGAGUGAAGACUUGCUGAGUCAUCAAGGAGACCUCUCUACUUUUUUGUACCAAGAGGGUAAGAGAGAGAAAAUUGCCCCUAGAAAUGGAGAACUAUUUCAUUCUGUUUCAGAGAGUGAACAUUGUCCUCCAUCUCGGAAGGAUGUGGUUAGGUCAUCCUUUGUAACUAGACACAGCCGAAUCCCUGUUUUAGCACAAGAGAUAGAUUCAACUUUUGAAUCAUCCUGUCCAAUCUCUGCAAAAGAGAAGCUCCUCCAAAAGAAAGCUUAUCAGCCAGAUCUAGUCAAGCUUCUGGUGGAAAAAAGGCAACUCAAGUCUUUCCUUGGGGACCUCUCAAGUGCCUCUGAUAAAUUGCUAGAGGAGAGAUUAUCCACUAUUCCUGCUCCUUUUUCUGAGGAGGAAGUCUUCACUCCCUUUUCAAGACUGGCUGUAGACUCACACCUGAGCAGGUCAGCCGAAGACAGCUUUCUGACACCCAUCAUCUCCCAGUCCAGAAAGAGCAAAAUUCCAAGGCCAGUUUCAUGGGUCAACACAGAUCAAGUCAACAGCUCAACUUCAUCUCAGUUCUUGCCCCGGCCACCACCAGGAAAGCCACCCCUGAGGCCUGGAGUGGAAGCCAGGCUCCGCAGAUAUAAAGUCCUAGGGAGUAGCAGUUCCGACUCAGACCUUUUCUCCCGCCUGGCCCAAAUUCUUCAAAAUGGAUCUCAGAAACCCCGGAGCACUACUCAGUGCAAGAGUCCAGGAUCCCCUCACAAUCCAAAAACACCACCCAAGAGUCCAGUUGUCCCUCGCAGGAGUCCCAGUGCCUCUCCUCGAAGCUCUUCCUUGCCUCGCACAUCCAGUUCCUCACCAUCUAGGGCUGGACGGCCCCACCAUGACCAGAGGAGUUCAUCCCCGCAUCUGGGGAGAAGCAAGUCACCUCCCAGCCACUCAGGAUCUUCCUCCUCCAGGAGGUCCUGCCAACAGGAGCACUGCAAACCCAGCAAGAAUGGCCUGAAAGGAUCCAGCAGCCUCCACCACCACUCGGCCAGCACUAAAGCCCCCCCAGGGAAGAGUAAGUCAGCCAGUAAACUCAGCAGAUAGGAGCUAGGCUGCAUCUCUGUGAAAGGUGUGAGAUCUUCCUCCUAAAUCUGAUACAUGUGUGUCCCUGUACUGUCUAUUAAAAAAAAUCAGUGUUGAUCUUGUCUUGCAAAAGAAAGUAACAUGAUAAAAUAUUUAUAAGCAGAUAUAUGAUAAGAAAUUACCUAAGAUAGGCAGCAAGCAGAUCAGGAAUCAAUGUCUGCAUAGGAAGGGGCAAGCCAGCAAAAUCCAAGGGGGUGAAACUGGCUAAAUGAACUCUCAUUUCUUAUCUGCCUUCAAAACAAAAAUGUUGAAGGUAGGGGGCGGAUUGGAAUUUUAAGGGGUUUAGCCUACUUUUUUUAAGGCUCUGCUCAAAGAUUAUAUAGCAAAAGUGAAAUUUCUCACUUUAACAUUUGCUUUCCAAACUUCCCAACCUCGGAGAGUCAGAAUUGCUCCAAUAUUAGAGUAUGUAAGAAGUGUGUUGCUGGGGAGCCAGUGCUCGUAUACAUUUGGCUUGUGUGUUUAUCUGGUGUAUUGAGAGUUCACACCUUUACUUUGCCUCAUUCCUAGUACCCUCCCUGGAUUUCACAUUUUUUAAAGUUAGUGUUUGUCACCUGAUCCAAUCUCUCUUAUUUUGACAAUACAUUCUAACGUGCUUUUGGCAGCACAUGCUGAGAAUUUCAAAUCCAAUUACUUUUUUAAAUCCCCUAAUAUUUCUCUUUGGAGCAACAGUUACUUAACUCAGUAUAUUUUUAUUGUGAAAAAUAACUGAUGAAACUUAGGUGAAGGAAGGAAAAGUCUAAAUAGAACUACUUUGCAGGCUUCAGUGCUUUAGGAAGAGGGACAGAGUGUGGAGUAAUACCCUUCAAGAUAGAAGAACCCUCUUUCCCCUGUUAGUUUCCUCCUUGUGGAAGGAAAACUGACCAGAGAAGACCUUGCUUCCUUAAAUCUUCUAGGUACCAACUAUUUCCACUAUCAACCUCCAAGACAAUACCAGGGAAGUACAUUGCUGUGGAAUGUGACUUUAUGCUUUUAGAGCUUUAGAAAGAAAAAUAGGAAGAAAUUAGGUAUGUUGAGGCUUAAAAUUCUCAAACUUUGUAUUUUAUACAUUUAGCCAAUAAGGAAUGAGUAUCUGAGGAAAUAAAUUAAGGCUCAAUAUUUAUCUUUUAAGAUUUUAUUACCUGCUUCACCUGUGCUUUAGUUUGAAUAUUUGGGCUUCUUGACCUGAUUUCCAUGUAAUCUUAAUUUAUAAAGCUGUAAGGAGGAUCAUAUUUGUUCUGAUCUCACUCUUCUGCUAAGAGGAAUCAGUCAAAGUUAAAUUAUACUAGAUUUUUUAAAUGAGCUCUUUUAUACUCACAGUUUUUGUGUUGUAAAGACCUUAUUAAGGUCAGGUAAAUUGGUCUGCUUGCUGUUGAAAUUUGCCUUCUAGCAAACAUCUGUGCUUUCUCUUUGACCUUGUGUUUGCUGCCAAACCUAAUAUGGUUGAAUUGGAAAACAGAAAAAAAGAAAGAUAUUUCCUCACCAAGUGAACAUAUUCUAAUGCUGCAUCAAAGCUGCCCUGAAGCUGCACUGAACUUAUCUUGUUCUCUUUAUCUGUGUUGAGCUUUUUGAAAAAAAAACAAAAAACAAAAACUCAAAACACUAUUGAGGCAUAUACGGUCUCCCAUAAGAAAUAUAGCAUAGUGUGGAAUCUUAAUUUCUCUCUGGUUUCAAGACUACAGAGGAAUGCAAUAGAUAAGACAUAUUUGCUGUUUAACUAAAGCGACUGUAAUAUUGGAAGACCAAUCCUUCUGUAUUAUAUUGUAUAAUAGUUGCUAUAACACUACUUGCAUGUCUUCAUGGUAAAUUAUAUAAAUAUUUAUAAAUAUAUAGAGAAACAUAUGCUUAUAUAAACUCAUUCUUUCUCAUUCUCCACUUGUAAUUUCAAGAUCACAGAUGGUAAAAUUACUUUUUAUUGUGUGCCUCGUGUACACUUGGGCCUUGUCUAUCUUCAUUUUCUGAAAAUACGUUCUUGGCAUGUGACACUUAACAUUCUUUUUGCCUUCCUUGUGAAUAAUGCAAAGGUUGGCAGUCUUUAACAAGCCAAGAUAGGUUAUUUAAUUUUCAUUUUUAAAAGAUUUUAAUAGGGGAAAAAAUUACUAGGACACACUUGUAAUACUGGUUCAAAGAUUUGUCAUGUUAAUUACAUAAUUCUGUCCUUAUGGUUAGAGUGGAUAAACUGGGAUGAUAAUCAUGGGUCUGACAUAAAUUGAUUUAAAAACAAAAAUCUCUUAAAAAUUACCAUUCUGCUUUCCUCUUCUCACCUCACUUGGGGAGGUGGGCGGUGGGAAGUAAUCUACAAUUAAGAAAUUAUCUUUUUCCUGUUGUAUUAGCUAAAUUGUGCUAAAAGUAGCCAGCUUUAAAU